AACUGAAGUUCAAUCCCAACGGAACACGGCCUGCCCCGUUACUCUUUUCGCAAAUCAUCCGUCUCUGUCCUCCCUCCCUACGGUCCAGCUGUGAAGGCAGAGCAGCGCCUGUUUCUUUCUUCCUGUCCCCCUUUCUCCUCCGAAAAACACCUAUCAGAGACUCAUCAGAAUCUUUUUUUCAAGAGCUUCUAUAUACUCUUACGGUACCACUUCUGACGAAUAGUAUGACCUCGAUGAAGAAGAAUCAACUACCGCCAGCGCUGAUCGCAAAUCUUCAGGGCGUCCUUGCUGGAAGAAAGGAGGCUCGAAGUGGAAACGGAGAUGGUGAGGAGAAGGAUACGGGUGCGAAUGAGGAUUCAAGGGUGUCUUCUUCGGAAGUUGACUCCGGUUUGAUGCCGCCUGUGAUGAAGCCCAUUGUUCUCGUGACUAAUGGUGAUGGAAUUGAAUCCCCGGGGAUCGUUUUGCUUGUGGAGGCGCUCGUCCGGGACGAACAGUACGAUGUCUACGUUUGUGCUCCUGAAUCGGAUAAAUCUUCUUCUGGGCAUUCUGUAUCUUUUCCAGAGACCAUUGCAGCUAGCUCAGUGGAAAUUAAUGGUGCAGUGGCUUUUGCAGUUUCAGGCACUCCUGCAGACAGUGUCUCGUUGGCCUUUUCAGGCUUAUUGUUUCCUUGGUCCAGACCAGCGCUGGUUAUCAGUGGAGUUAACAAGGGAACAAGUUGUGGCCGUCACAUCUUUUACUCUGGUGCUAUUGCCGGGGCACGAGAAGCUUUAAUGUCCGGUAUACCUUCAUUGUCAAUUUCAUUGAACUGGAGGAAGGAUGAAAGUCAUGAAAGUGAUUUCAAGGAUGCAGUUGAUGUGUGCCUACCUUUGCUAAGAGCUGCCAUUAGGGAUGCAGAUAAGGGAGCUUUUCUAAAAGGAUGCCUCAUCAACAUUGAAAUCCCUGCUUCUCCUUCUACAAACAAGGGAUUCAAGGUGACUAGGGAGAGUCUGCAGAGACCUGUUCUUAACUGGCAGGUUUUAUCAGGUAACAGACAUCCUUUUUCGGGGCAGUAUAUGUCCAUGCAUCAAAGCCUUGGUGUCCAACUUGCACAGCUGGGUCGUGAUGCUUCUGCUGCAGGUGCAGCUCGUCGGAUGGCUUCACAGAAGAAAAAUGUGGAAGUAGAGUCUUUUGCUGCACCUGGAAAGCCAGAGCAGCGAGAGAUUGUGAAGAAGUUCUUCCGCUUAGAGUUUUUGCAGAAAGAGCAGGAUAAUUCAGAUGAAGAGCUAGAUUUCAGGGCUGUGGAAAAUGGCUAUAUAGCGGUUACACCAGUACACAUGAAUGUGCAUGUUGAGCCAGAGAUCCAGGCUUUCACUUCGGACUGGCUUGCAUCAGCUCUUACAGAACGUGAAGCAGCUUCCUCCGAGAGUACAAAUUGAUUACAAUAUCUAGACCUGGUUUUUUUUUCUCCCAUAACCAAAGUUUGUUAAAAUCAAAUUUUAUUUCUUCCACAUUUGUUUUGUUCUUUAUCCGCUGAUCAUUGAACACCCAAACCCGAUCCUCUCGAUUUCGUUUGUUGAAGCAUUUGGUGUGAUCUGUGAUCAGUAAUUUGCAUUCUUUAUAAUGUUGAUUGCCCCCUCCUUUUUUUUUCUAAACCUAAAAUUUGUUU